GUUCGCAUCGGUCAGUUGGUCAAGGUGUGUGUGUGUAAGGAUCUUUCUGUGUGUGAGCUUGAGAAUCCCUGAGAUUAUCCCCUCCCACAACCACUCAAAGGAAAGGCCAUGGCCAUGGCUGCUUUCCUGAUAGCUUUGGUGCAAAUAUUUUUGUUGCCAUCAGCUUUAGGAGGUGCAUAUUAUGGGCAUAAGCCACAUCCCCAGCACCACCAACCUAUACCACAGAUACCUCACCUGGGCAUGGGUAAGGAUAUGCCACACAUGCCAUAUCCACACUACAGAAAAGACAUACCUAUGCACCUAAACAAAGGCAAGGAUAUCAAAGGUGAGACCAUUCCCAGAGGAGAACAGGGUGCUCCAGGAGAGAUUGGACCUCAAGGGCCCCCUGGCCCACCUGGACCACAAGGGCCUCCCGGGCCUCAAGGUACUGGUAUGCAAGGCCCUCCAGGAAAGCCAGGGCCUCCUGGUACUCCAGGAUUUCCUGGAGUUGGUAAGCCAGGAAUGUCAGGUAUGCCAGGAAAGCCAGGAGGCAUUGGACAGCCUGGACAGCAAGGUGAAGAGGGACCCAGAGGUGGAGAGGGACAACCAGGCUUGACUGGGCCACCCGGCCCCCCUGGACACCCAGGCCUGCCAGGAAUAGGAAAUCCUGGUGGGCAAGGAUUACCUGGACAGCCAGGGGGUAAAGGAGAGCCAGGACAUAAAGGUUUACCUGGUCUCCCAGGGUUACCUGGUCCUAAAGGAGACAGGGGAAUAGGACAACCAGGCCCACCAGGGCCCAAAGGGCCAGUUGGACCACCAGGACUCCAAGGGCAGGCAGGAUUACCGGGAGUAGGCAAGCCAGGUCUUCCUGGUGUGUUGGGUCCACCUGGUUUGCCAGGGAAAGCAGGACAUCCUGGGGAGCCAGGCCCAGAGGGUCCACCUGGUGAACAGGGGCAACAAGGGCCACAAGGGCCCCCUGGUAUUGGAAAUCCAGGACAAAAUGGAUCCCCAGGCCAGCCAGGUGUACCUGGUCACAAAGGAUUACCAGGACCACCAGGGUUACCUGGAAAGCCUGGAUUACCAGGAUUUGGCAAACCUGGAUACCCUGGCCAAAAGGGUGACAAAGGGAUUGGAGGACCACCUGGUGCUCCAGGAACAAAAGGAGACAAAGGGUAUGGUGGUCAACCAGGCAUGAUUGGUCCACCAGGUCCAACUGGUCCCUCAGGCACUCCAGGACAAAUCGGGCCACCAGGUGAAAUUGGAAACCCAGGACUAAAAGGAGAGGUAGGUGCAGAAGGAGCCAAGGGAGAUCAGGGACUUAUGGGGAAACCAGGUCCUCCAGGUUUUCCUGGCCAACCAGGGCUCCAAGGUGAGGAUGGAGGACCUGGGCCAAGAGGGCAACCUGGACCCAUUGGUCCCAAAGGAGAAGGAGGACAAAAAGGUCUGCCUGGUCCUCCUGGUCAAACUGGCCUGCUUGGUCUGAAAGGAGAACCUGGUCAGCCUGGCCUCGAAGGACCUCAAGGUCCCAAAGGCAUUCCAGGAUUUGCAGGGCCAGGAGGACCAAUUGGACCUCCAGGACCUGCUGGGUCAAAAGGAGAAAUUGGUCCACCGGGUCAAGCUGGUCCACCUGGUCAAGGCAAUCCUGGUGUCCCUGGUCCUUUUGGUCCUCCAGGUCCACCUGGCACAAAUGGCUCCCCAGGACAGCCAGGAAAACCAGGUCUCCCAGGGCCUCCUGGACCCCCAGGUCCACCCCUUUCCCCUGAUCUGAUGGGAGUCCUUCCUGAGAUGGGCCCAGCCCUGGAUGGUAUGAAAACUGGUGGGUACAAGAAAGGGAAGUAUGCAAGUGGAGGUGAUAUGAUGGGUGCCAGUGGUUUGGAGAUGCCUGCUUUUACUGCUCAACUGACCACACCAUUCCCUCCAGUUGGCACACCAAUAGUGUUUGACAAACUGCUGUAUAACGGGCGUCAAAAUUACAACCCUCAGACAGGUGUAUUCACCUGUGAGCUCCCAGGUAUCUACUACUUUGCCUAUCAUGUGCACUGCAAGGGUGCCAAUGUCUGGGUGGGGCUCCAUAGGAAUGGAGAGCCAGUCAUGUAUACCUAUGAUGAGUACAAGAAGGGAAUCCUGGAUCAAGCAUCUGGGAGUGCUGUGAUUCCAUUACAACCAGGAGACACAGUAUACUUACAGUUACCAUCUGACCAGGCUGCUGGAUUUUAUGCAGGACAGUAUGUCCACUCCUCCUUCUCUGGCUUUUUACUAUACCCAAUGUAAACAUCAAAAAUAAAUGAAAAAGAAAUUGAAGGAGAAAGCGUAAAGGAAGGACUGGCAUUAAAAUGUUUGACUUUUAUAAAAUGUCAGUAUUCUUCAGUACAUUCUCACAGGAAAUAAAUGAGAUGACCCAUAGAAGCAGCUUCUUUAAAUGCAACCCAACUAUAUUCAUGUACAGGCUGUAUGAGUAUAUACAAUGGUAAAUAGCGGAGUACUGUAUCUAUAAAGAUACGUCUACCUGCAGAAAGACUUG